AUGGCCGACGAUGUCACCACCGACGAGUCCCUAGGCCAGGAAUCGGUGGCCAGGUGUGAUUGUUCGCAGCAGCAACUGACUGAAUGCCGGGCCCAGUUGGUAGCACUUGAGCAGAGUAACGAAGCGCUCCAGAAAAGACUCGACGGAUAUGUGAGGGACAACGAGAAUCUGGUCAUCAAGUACGCGUUCGUAGAGAAGAAGGUCCUGGAUCUGAAGGCGCUCGUCGAGGAGAAAGAGUCCAAAAUCAAACGGCACGAUCAGGAAGCGAGCGGCCUACAGAAGCAGAUAGCCGGACUGAAGGCGGACAAGGCGAAGCUCCAGAAAAACAUCGAAUCGAAGCUCCGGGAUAUUGAACGGGUCGGCCAAGAACUGGAAGGUAGUCGCCAUUACUCGUCCCAGAUCGAGAUGCGCUACAAGUACAGCAGCUGCCGUUUACGCCGCGAGACUGAGGAUCGGACGAGACUUGAGGCGGAAGUGUUAAAUUUGCGUCAACAGUUAUUGCAGCAUGUCAUCGCGGAAGAAACGCAUCAGGCGAGUGAACAGGUGGCGGUGAUGGAGCGUAAGGUGAUGGAGCUGCAGGCACGGGAAAUUAUGCUGAAGCAUGCGAGCGACGAACAGGCUGCCAGAAUUAUGGCCCUCCAACGGACGAACGCAGAGCUUCAGGAGGUGAACGAGCGACAGGACAAGAAAUAUAACCUUUGCUUACAGGCGCUAAAGGAAGCUGAAGCUGAUCGAGAACAACUGAGACAGCAGAUGGAGCACGUACAGAAGAAAAUGGAUCUGCAGGAAUCUGUGAUAGAGGAGCUACAAUCUAAAGUUAAUGCCGCGAAAGCACUGGCACAGGAAUCUACACGGAUGGAACGCAUCGUUAACGAUCAGCGUACGGAGCUCGACCAGCUAACCAGCACACUUGACGAGCAGCGGAAAGAUUUGGAAGAGCUGAAGGCGCGCGAACUGGAGCUGCUGGCACUGAACAAAGAUCUCAGCGAGGUGAACUGUCUACUGCAGCAGGAAAUCGCCACGCAAGAGUCCAAAACCAUCGCCAUUACGCUCGAGUACGGUAAGUUUGUCACCAUGUGCCAGGAGUAUGACGCCCAGAUUAUCAGUCUCGCGAACUCGCUCGCCCUCGAACGUCAGCACCGGACGGAGGAACGGUUGCUGAUGGCGAAGCACAUAGCGGACCGUACGCGCAAGCACGAACAGGCCGAAAGAUGCCUGCAGCAAACGCUGAACGAGCUUGAGGCGAAUCGGAAGAAAUACUUUGCACUGGUCAAGGACUUUAAGCGUGAGAUGAAAAAUGUUCACCAAAACGUGGAGCCUGGGUACGGUACAACAGUAGCAAAACAGUAG